AUGGGGAAUCCUAUGUUUUCUCUGCCGGUGAUUAUCAUAGUGUGUCACGUAAUUAGCUGUCACAUCGGAAUAACUUCAACUGCGAGACUGAAAGAAACAUCGUUAGACCAGGCCUCCGCCUCCUCGGGUUUCCAUGAAGACUUGUCGAGUUAUGUCAACUCGGUUACUUCCAGUGGUACAGGAGUGGGGACAGCAGAACAUAAUAAUGGUAAAUCCACGUACAAAACUAGCGUCAGUGUCAAAGGAAACCUCAUCAGGAUAACAACAGACUCAGAGGAUCACACAAACACAUAUCUUCAAACAAAGCGUACGUUAGCUCGAAAUGGAGCAUAUGCAUUAGUCGGGUCGACUUCAUCUCCCAUGUUAUCCUCUAUUUUGUCACCUGUAGUUUCACUUCAUGCAAAGAUCGAUGGAGGUAAGGGCGACAUCCUUCUACCUGAGCUACAUACAGCACCUGACCAAAGAUCUAUCUCAUCCGGUUCUGUACCAAGUAACACAGGAGAUAACCAUGUGGAUAACUUACUCGGAAGAUUACCUCCACUUGGAUUGUUACUUCCAAAUUCUUCUAUAACAACCAACACCUAUGAAUCUGAAGAGAUUCAAGAUAUCUUCAAAGAAGAAUGCAAUAGCGUGACCAUUCAAACAAGCUUCAAGGACAACAAUGAGACAGAGCCUGCUGCAGGGAAACCGGAUAAUACCUUGUAUAUAGGAGGGUUGUUUGAGCUGUCAGGAAGGUACGUGGAGAAUGGAUAUUCGGAGCUUGACGCCGCGCUUUUGGCAGUGGACCAUAUCAACGAGAAAGGAUUCAUUCCUGGUUACAGGUUACAGCUCUUGUUCAACGAUUCUAAG